AUGGCGGAGGACACGAUAAGCGUGCGCCAGCGCAAGCCGGUGCAGGAAGUUGAGGACGAGGACAACCUGUUCGCGGGUACCCCGGCCGAAAACUCGCGGGGGAAGAAGAGCAAGAAGUCCAAGAAAGCAAAGGGCGAGACGGACGUGUACAGCCCCUACGUCGACAUCCUCCGCGCGCUGAGCUUCUUCUUCCUCGCCUCGUGCGCGCUGAGCUACCUCCAGAGCAACGGUGAGAGCUUCUUCUGGGGCCAGAAGAAUAAGCCCUGGUACAUGCGGCCCGACUACUGGAAGGCCAAAUGGAACGGGCCCCUCUACCUCACUCCCGAAGAGCUCCUCCAGUACGACGGCUCCAACCCCGAGAAACCCAUCUACCUCGCCAUCAACCACACAAUCUUUGACGUCUCGGCGAACCCGCGCAUCUACGGCCCCGGCGGCUCCUACAACGUCUUCGCGGGGCGCGACGCCUCGCGCGGCUUCGUCACGGGCUGCUUCAUGGAGGACCGCACCCCGGACAUGCGCGGCGUCGAGGAGAUGUUCCUGCCGCUCGACGACCCAGAGGUCGACCGCCACUGGUCCUACGCCGACAUGCAGAAGCUGCAGGAGGAGGAGCUGGCCGCCGCCAAGGCCAAGGUCCACGACGCGCUCAAGCACUGGGUCGACUUCUUCUCCAAGAGCGACAAGUACAACAUGGUCGGCAAGGUCAAGCGGGACCCGGACUGGCUCGAGAAGGAAAGCAAGAAGAAGCUCUGCGACCAGGCGCAGAAGGGCAGGGUCAAGAGGAAGGUUCCCGGGCAGGAGAGCCAGAACUGA